AUAGCCUACUAGCGGAUAUAGAAGAAACGAUACUUUCCCUUUAGCUUGAAUUCAAGUUCAUUCAAGAUACUUCAUCUUGGAGAAUAUUAAUGCGACUCCCGGGCCUGCAGCUACUCAAAAUAUAAUGUAUGCGGUGAUACAGAGCCUUCCCAUCAAAGCAAACUUGAAGCCUUGUCACCGUCAACACAAUGACACCAAAUAUUGUUUAUAUCUCGUAUAUUUACUCAAGCUUAGCACAAGCUUCCGUCUCCAACUACACCUAUGGGCUUCUUCUCUGGCUUGUCCCAUUGUUUCUUCAAUGUUGGGAUCAUGGCUUGGGAUGUGCUCCUCACAGUCUCCAACCUCGUGAGGAGGAAGUACCCCAUAGGUGAUGUCACCCCCAAGGGCCACCCAGGCUAUGGAGGGCACUGGCCAGAAUUCAUACCUCCCCAGUUAACCGACUCCCGGUGCUCGUGCCCCGUGUUCAAUGCUAUGGCUAACCAUGGCAUCAUCUCGUGCAGCGGCCGUGAGGUCUCGUUUGUCGAGCUCAACAACCAUAUCCAGGCAACCUACAACUUCAGUCCUACCUUCUCUUCUUUCGUGCUGCACUUUCUCGCUCGCAUGCUUAAAAGAAACUUCAGCGAUGAUACCUUUGAUCUAGAAGAAAUAGACCUGCACAAUGGUAUUGAACACGAUGCCUCUCUCUUACGUCUCGAUGCUGCUCUUCAGCCAGACCAAUCGAUAAAACACGUACCUUUCAUCGAGGAGUUACUUGCGGCAGCGACCGGCAAGGACAGGGACGGUAACGAUAUUAUCACCACUAAAGAUUGCUCUAGCAUUCUCGGCAAGCGUCGUGCAGUGGCGCAUGCAGUAAACAAAGAGUUCUCGCUCAGCUUCUUCCACAAGAUCUUUGGUAGCGCGGAUGCCUCGAUCCUGGUCACAAUAUUUGGAGGUCGUGUAGACGACCUACGCAGCUUUCUUCUUCAUGAGCGGAUCCCAGAGAGAUGGGAAUUACGCGUCUGCCAACCUCAUGGAAUGACUAUUAUAAACUUCAACAAGACUGUUUUGAGAGUUGAGGUCGGUGUACGCGAGAAGGAUUGGGCGCAAGCGGCACGAGAGGCUGCCGAAAGCCAUGGUACUGUUAUUCUUGGAUGAAAUACUCAUAAUGUGGGGCACUGCAUCUGGUGUUAUUAUAACUCCCAUGGCUGCUGUACGACGAUUAAUGA